AUGAACCGUCAGCUCAGUGUUCUGCUGGUGCUGGUGCUCGUGGGUUUCGUAGCCGCGGCGUCGCUCGACAACGUGAACCUAAGUGUGGAGAUACCGGGUGUAGUUCAGAUGAAUGGGGAGAACUUCGACCAACUGGUUGGAAAGGACAGAGCAGCGCUAGUGGUGUUUUACACCCCAUUGUGUAUGCGAAGUCGGCUGAUGGUCCCCGAGUACACGGAGCUGGGCGCGGCCUACAAGAAGAGCAACAACGCGAACGAUCUGCUGGUAAUUGGCAAGGUGGAUGGAACGGUGGAAGUCGAACUCAGAGAGCGCUUCAACCUCGUGGAUUCCCCGACUGUCCUCUUCUUCGCUCCUGGCUCAUUAGAGCCAGUGCGGUACAGUAAAAGUCUCAAUAGUUACAGCUUUAUCAAGUACCUCUCGAAGGAGGUGAAUAACCUGAGGCUCUUCAUGGUGAAGGAGCCACAGUUUGAAACGGAACUGGAGCACAUAAACUUCGACUCAGUCAUCAACGACCCGUCGAGGGCGGUGUUCGUCAUGUUCUACCUCCCGUGGACUCCGGAAAGCAAGAAUCUGAUGCUGAUUUACAACGACCUGGCCAAAGUGUUCUUGGGGGAUAAGGAUGUUGUGAUCGCCCGCAUCGACGUCAGCGACGUCAGCAGUAAGUACAUGGUCAAGUACAAUAUUUUGGAGACGCCGUCGGUGUACUUCUUCCCUAAAGGCGCCAACGCGGAACCAGUCAAGUACAGGCGACGCCAUCACUUGGAGGGCUUAGUCGCUUUUGUGAACAAAAGGGCCGGGAAGAACCGCCUUGUUAACGGCGACAUCUCACGAGACUACGGCGUCGUUGACAAGCUCUCCGAGGCGGCAGCGCGCGUGGUGAAAUCCGGCGAGAGCGCUCAUGCAGCAAUAGAGGCGGUGAAGGUGACCGCUGCCAAGUGGAUGAAGGGCGGGGCCGGCGCGUACUACAUCACGGUGACGGAGCGCCUUGCGGUGAGGGGCGCCGUGUACAUAGAGAAUGAGCUGGCGCGUCUGCAGCGCACCCUUCAAGGCGCCAUGGCGGCCAAUUGUCGUGAUGAAGUGGUGAAGCGCGUCAACAUACUGACUUCGAUCCAGCAGUACAUCGAGCAACAGGCCACGUAG